CCCCCACACUUCCCUCUAAGCAAUGUCUGAUGCCUUCAUUAAUGCAGCGUUACAGUGUUUACAACUCAGAACUACGACGCUGGAGCAGAGUGGGCAGCAUAAAAGGUGCCAUACAAUGCAUGGGGCCGUGCUGUGGCCAUCAGUCUCCCUGAUAUUACAUACGGCUGCACUGGGAUGCCUAGCUGCAGAACUACCUCCUCCCUGUGACAGUCAGAUUUAUUGCACAGGAGACCUGCUGCAAACAGUGCAGCUGGCCAAGAUCUUUGAAGAUGACAAGCACUUUGUUGAUAUGGUACUGCAGGACACUCCUGAACGGACCCUGCAGAAAUUCCAGACUCUGCAAUCGGAAGGCGUGACUCAGGAAACACUCAUUGCAUUUGUCAAUUCAUCUUUUAGUCCUCCGGGACAGGAAUUUGAACCAUGGAGUCCUUCAGACUGGAAGGCAAACCCCCAGCUGUUGUCCCAAAUAGCCGAUUCCAACCUGCGUGACUGGGCGGCAGAAAUUCAUGCUCUCUGGAAGGAUUUGGGAAGGAAGGUGAAGAACAUAGUUAAAGAUCAACCAGAUCAUUACUCACAAAUCUAUGUGCCCAAUGCUGUCAUUGUUCCUGGUGGUCGCUUCCUUGAGUUUUACUACUGGGAUUCUUACUGGGUCAUUAAUGGACUUCUACUCUCAGAGAUGCACAACACAGCAAGAGGGAUGAUAGAAAACUUUUUGUACAUGGUAGACCGAUUUGGAAUGAUCCCCAAUGGAGGGCGGGUCUAUUACCUUCGUAGAAGUCAACCACCAUUCCUUACUUUGAUGAUGGACAGCUAUAUGACACAUCAAAAGAAUAUGACAUUCCUCAGAGCUAACAUCCACCUGCUAGAGAAAGAAUAUGACUUCUGGAUGAAUAACCGAUCUGUGACUGUGACACUGGGAGGAAAGAGUUAUGUGCUAAACCGCUACUAUGUGCCCGUUGGGGGGCCAAGGCCAGAGUCCUAUUCUGAUGAUUAUGAGCUUGCUCAAACAGUUGCCCCAGCUUCCCAACAGUCUCUACUGGCAGAGCUGAAAGCUGCUGCUGAAUCAGGGUGGGAUUUUUCUUCUCGAUGGUUCUCUGGGUCGCUUGGCAGCAGUAAGACAGAUAUUAAUCUUAAUACCACCAGAACCAGUUCUGUGGUCCCUGCAGAUCUGAAUGGAAUUCUGUGCCGUGUGGAAAGAACAUUAGCUAAGUUCUACAAAGAGCUGAAUAUGCCUGAGAAAGCAUCUCAGUUACACACAGCUUUAACACAGAGGCUUGAGGCUGUACAGUCUGUAUUGUGGGAUGAGGACCUGGGCAUAUGGCUGGACUAUAACAUGGAUGCUCAGCGAAGAAAUACAAAUUUUUAUCCCAGUAACCUGGUUCCUCUGUGGGCUAUGUGUUACUCAGAUACAAAAGUUGCAGACCGAGUAGUGUCCUAUCUCAAGAAGAGUGGUGUUUUGUCUUAUAAGAAUGGCAUUCCCACCUCACUGACACGAUCUGGUCAACAAUGGGACUUUCCCAAUGCCUGGCCUCCUCUCCAACACAUGGUUAUUGAAGGUCUGGCACAAUCAGAAUCCUUCAGAGCUAAAAAUAUUGCAUUCUCUUUGGCACAAAACUGGGUCAGAACCAACUAUAAAGCUUACAAGAUAUAUAAAGGAAUGUUUGAGAAGUACGAUGUAGAAGGUGAUGGGAAACCUGGAGGAGGUGGUGAAUAUGAGGUUCAGGUGGGCUUUGGCUGGAGUAAUGGAGUAGUAUUACAAUUACUGGAGCGCUACAAAACCCAACUUACUGCUGGUACUGCCCUGUGUCGCUCAGUGUCAUGGAUGGUCUUCACCCUGGCAAUUUUUAUCACUUUCUGGGCAUAAAAUAUACAACGUCUCAUGGACUGCCCUUAAACUGUAGUCUACUUCAACUUUAGGCACCCCUGCGAGCUGUUGGUUUGCAGUUUUAAUCUCAGGUCCCUAUCAUUCGAGCUUAUCCUCCUGUAUUAUCUACUAAUUGUGUUUUUCCUUUAGGCUCACUGUAUGGCACAAGCCUAUUGUUAUACCCAUGUCAGUUUAUGCAAUGGGUGUGUUCUCACCAGAAGCUUUGAAACUUUUUGCUUUUAAAGGCUAACUGUAAAUUAGAAUAAUAAUUUAUGCAGAAUCUUAAUUUUUUGCAAUUGUUUACUUGUUACAAAUAUUUAGGAAUUACAGUAAUGAUAAAGCUUA